AUAAUCACUGACAAAGUUCCCUCGAUUUACAAUCCUCUUCAGAGGAGACAUCCUUCUAAAUAUAGAUUCGUUUUCUAUUGAAAUAUCGAAUAAGUUUUAGGGGUUUUAAUAAUUCUCUAUAGGUAUUUAUAGUUAUACAGAUUAUAUUGAGCUAUGGGGGCAACACCAGUGACGUCCAUCGUACUCUGGAUAUCGAACGCGACUGUCGUAGCGCUGGAUGUUCACGUCUAUAUAAAUGCGUGCCGUCGGCGGGUGCGCUCAGUGUGUGUCAUGCCUUGUGAAAGCGAGCAUCGUCCGUGAUGGCGGCUUUGGCGCGAUUGAAGAUGCAAUGCGGCAUCGUGGCACUGCCGCUUGUCAUCGUAAUCGUGUGCAGUGUGGAUAUCGUGAGUGGGAUGUUCGAGGUUCGACAGUGUAGUCACCGAUAUCCCCGAGCACACGAGAUUAUUCAUGGCGUCCAUAUAGAGCCAGCACACGAAGUAAAAAAACGUAGCAUCAAUCAGCCGCUUAGAAUUUUGUUGUCGUACGAUGAAAGUGUCUACAGAUUGGACGAUGAAAAAUUGGAUCUCAUUAAUAACACUAUUCUGCCUGAAGCUGUUCAUUUUUGGGAACGAACACUCAUGGUCCGUGAGACGAAGAAAACUAUUAGAUUGAACAGAAAAUGCGAAAGUAGUCAAGUGUUUGUUAAAGAUCACCACACACACUGUAUAGACACCUGUCGUCCUACCACAAUGUGCGGGGAUGUUGUCGUCCCUGAAGAUCACCUUGACGUUUGCCGGACGUGUAACGCAACAGGACACAACUGCGGCAUAGCAGAAGGAAGUAAGGCAGGUCGAGGAAUUGAUGGCGCUGAUUUUGUCUUUUAUGUGUCCGCAAUGCAAACUCAAAGAUGUCACAAAGGAUUGACAGUGGCUUAUGCUGCGCAUUGCCAACAAGAAGCUACGCUAGAUCGACCAAUAGCUGGUCAUGCGAAUCUGUGCCCAGGAAGUAUCAGUACGAAGCCUCAAGAGCUGGAAACCCUGCUGAGUACAGUGAAACACGAAAUAUUGCACGCCUUGGGAUUUUCUGUGAGCCUAUAUGCUUUCUAUCGCGAUGAGAACGGCGAACCCAGAAGUCCCAGAAGAAGUGAUACGGGAAAACCAGCAUUAAAUGAAAAGUUUCAAACUCACGAAUGGAGUGAGAACACAAUCAAAACUGUGAUUAGGCCACAUUGGCAAGUGCAUGGUGGUUACGUAGAAAGGUCGAUGCAAAUGAUAGUCACACCUCGUGUUCGUGCUGAAGUUCAAAAUCAUUUUAACUGUACAAAAUUAGAGGGUGCUGAGUUGGAAGAUCAAGGAGAGGAUGGCACAGUCUUAACACACUGGGAGAAGCGAGUGUUUGAAAAUGAAGCAAUGACAGGAACUCACACACAGAACCCAGUGUAUUCCAGAAUAACUCUCGCUCUUAUGGAAGAUACUGGAUGGUAUAGCGCGAAUUAUUCAAUGGCUCAAGAAUUGGGGUGGGGUAAAAAUCUUGGUUGCGAGUUUGCAAUGUCAUCUUGCAAAGAAUGGAUAUCCUCCAAGUCUAAACUCGAAGGGAAAUCUAUUCAUCCGUUUUGCAAUAAAGUGAAACAAGAUCCAUUACAGACUGAAUGUACCGACGACAGAAGUUCGGUCGCAUUGUGCAACUUGAUUAAACAUCCGCAACCAUUGUCCAAGAAGUAUCAGAACUUUGACUCAAUUCCUCAUGUGCCAGCUGGAGAAGAACAAUACUACGGUGGUUCAGUAUCUCUGGCGGACUAUUGUCCAUACAUACAAGAAUUUACAUGGAGGGCUCGGAAUAUAGUAAUCAGGGGCUCUCAUUGUCUUUACGAAGAGAAUAAUCCUCAUCCUGAAAAAAAUUUUGCAUUAGAAAAGUAUGGUCCACACUCGAGGUGCUUUGAUCACACAAAUGAAAUGUGGGAGGAAAGAACAUGCAAACAAGCUAGACAAUGGCAACACUGGGGUUCUGGUUGUUAUCAGUAUAUAUGCGAAGCCGGGAGAUUGCAUAUCAUGGUUGCAAAUUACACUUAUACCUGCUACCAGGCUGGUCAAGAAAUAGCUGUUAGAAUAAUACAAAAUGGCUGGCUUCACAAGGGUGCUCUGACUUGUCCUGCAUGUCGAGAUAUUUGUGAGAUGGAGCUAAAAGAAAAAGAGGAUCAUUGCAAACCAAGCGAUGAACACCCACCUGCUAUAUAUUACCAUAGAGACAAUCUUCAAUGCGCGUCUGCAGGACUAUUUACAAAUUUACGAACGUUUAUCAUCUUAAUAUAUUUGUCUGUUUUCAGAUGAUACGACGUAGAUGUUAGGUAAUAUUUUUAUUAAUGUUAGAUCGAUGAUGUACCGUAAAAAUAUCGGUUAAAAUGUUUUUUAAUCGCGACUUGGAGAAUGAUAGAGAGGAAUCCUUAGGAAUGAAUAAUACAUUCCUGAAAUGACCGUACGCCAAGAUGGCAAUUUUAUUUUAAUAACCUAUUGGGAGACAAAUUUUCUCAAUGAGAACUCUCGCGAAUGAUUAAACGAAUGUGCAUAGAAUGUGCGAAAACAUUGAUACAUAUUGUAUUUCAUGUGUGCAAUGUAAAUUUUCGAAUGGUCUCUUAUUACGACAGAAAAUGACUCUUGCGAGGCGGACAUACAUUCCCACUGGACUACGACUUCCGUGUGGUUAUUACUGCCUCCAUUGAGAUGGUAUAUUUUGUCACACAGAAUGUAUUUAUAGUGAUGAACGAUUUUAAUUUAUCAAUUGUUAAUAAAGUUCGUAGAGCGUCACUUAUAAAUAAAUAAAUACAAAUAAAUUAUUCGAGGCCUUCACGGCCCGAUUCUUUAGUAUUGAUAUUAACUGAGGUUUUCGAAUGUGAAAGGUGACGUAAAUAGAAGAGGUCGCUCACUUUUGGGGAGAGGAGCGGUGGAGUUACACCCCCAGCGCGCUGAUAGACUCGAGCAUGGAGUGGGGGCUUUUUUUGUGAUCGAGAGCUUUAGUUAAUAUCAAAUAUAAGUAGUUUUUAGGCUUAUAAGAUUGUACAAGUGCUAAGAUUACCUGUGAAUGAUACACUGAGACCUGCGUAUUUCAUUAUGUCAUUCAGGUUCACUCCAGUCAUCGUACCAAUCCCACUCCUCAAGGUCUUGGUAUGCCAUUGUAACCCUACGCUGGUCGAUUUGACAGUACUAUGGACUUGCAGUGUGAUUCGCGUCGAGGCAAUGUACUGAUUCGAGGUGAGACGUUCAAUAUAUAUACAUAAUUUUUUGGCGAGAGUAUAGAGACUCGAGGAUCAGUACAGCGUCUCCCUUGUUGCCCUCCCCCCCCCCCCCCCACUCACAUGCGUGUAUUUAUCACAUAUUGGUACGAACAUGCCUGUACAUGUUAGUCCAAUUGAGAUUACUAUUUUCCUUUUUACAUCGCGUAUUACAAGACUCUCCCUACUAUUCCGACUCAUUCCUUGUAAAGAACGGAGCAAAAUUCCAUUUAGUGUAAGUAUUGUACU